AUGUCGACGGUAACGCAGACUACAACGGCCAGUGGGACGCAAUCGCUAAAAACAAACAAAAGAAUCCAAUUGGAGGUGCUUAUAAGAGAGUUUCAGCAGAAGUUGGGAAAUGACUGGGAUAAAUACCAUGAGGCGCUCACCAUGUUCCUUAUUGGUAAGUUGUCACGGCCAGAAAUGGUGGCCAUAGUGAGCCCACUACUAAAAGAUGGUCUCUACAAGUAUCACAACAAGUUUCUACUAUUGAACUUUGCCAAUUCCUUACAGGAUAGUCCAGCAGAGUUCUCCAGCGAGCUUGCAUCAUUCUGGAACAAAAAGAAUGCCAAGUCCAAGAAUGUUAAGUCAACGCAAUAUGAGAAAAUCAAACAGAGUAUCAUGGGACUUCCAUUAAAGGAAAGACGAAGAAUUCGUAAUAUUACGCGAGAGAGUGGGAAGAGAAACAAGCUCAAUGCGGGUAUAACUUUGACUCGUCAAUCCUUGCUUCCCAAAAUUCCUAUGAUUCAGGAUAAAGAGCAACAGCAGUUGCAGGUGAAUAACUUGGUGCAAUGGCAGCAAGAUGUGGUGAAUGGAAUAAACACUCCAUUGGCUUCUACGCUGUACGAGUUACCUGACUACGAUAACUUGUCGAGACGGGUGUUGAUGGUUAUGAGAGAAAACGGUCUCACCGGUGGGGUCGGAGCACAAGUCCUUGAGAUCAUCAGUCUUGGUCUCGAGGCUUACUUGAAAAACAUCAUCGAGAGUGCUAUAGAUGUGGUGCGGUACCGUGAGAAUAAGUACGCAUCCAAUUUGUUUCUUCAAGCUGGACUACAAGGAAACUCAAAGGGAGGUAGCCAGAUGAAUGGCUCAGACUUCUCCAAUGGUAUGUUUGGAGGUGCUAGUCGCAAGAGAAAGCAUGAGGAAAUCGUCGACACGCCCAAGCUGACCGUUGUUCUCAAUAUUGACGAUAUGUACAACACUUUGGAGAUGUUCCCACAUAUGGUUGAGCCUGGAGGACCCCGUCUCCGUCUUCUGAACGUCAUGUUGCAAGAUGACGACAUGGUGCCAGAAAACAACUGGGGCUACACAUUGCCUCCCAAGCCAUUAACACUUCAAGAGGAAAAUGGAAAUUUGCCAUUAGCCAACGGCAGUCUCAAGGAUCAGAUGAAAGAGGAUGGAGAAGCGGAUAAAAUUCAAGAGAAGAAGGAUGGAAGCGGUAACACCAUUUCUGAGCCAGCAAGAGCUCAGCAGGUGUUGCAGCGUGACACUUCUCAUAUCGGAACAGUCAACGAGUUGAAGUGGGUGCUACAUGAUUUAAUCUCGACAAUGUAG